CCGCCCAUUAUUGAGGAAAAAGAAGAAGCAGAGCACAGCACUGUGGGGCUGCACCUGUUGAUAAAUCUAUUCCGUACUGACGCCACAAAGCUACACCAACACCAACAGGAAGUUGCCAUCAGAAUUACUGACUCGUGUUUGCCAGCGAGGUGUUUAAUUUUGAAAGAGCCUGUUGUCAUUGGGUUACUGUAACAGAUCCUGCCAUGGGUAUUACUGCCCUUUUUCUACUGAGCGUUCUUGGCUUUGCCAUCACUGCUGAAGCUCAAUCAUGUUCUAAACCCGUCGGUGAAGCCAACAUGAGUUUGAAGGACGAUUUCAUUAACCAGGACACAUUUGUAAAUGGAGCCGUUGUUUCUUUUGCCUGUAAUCCCGGCUACACAUCUGCUGGAGGAUCUUCUAAGAUCACAUGCAGUGCUGGCGUGUGGAGUCCUGUGCAGCUGAGAUGCGAGAGGAAGAACUGUGGCGCUCUUGAAGAUGUGAAUAAUGGUUAUAUUGAGUAUAGGAACGGGACUGAGUUUGGUGAUACAGCUGUGGUCAUUUGUAACCAAGGUUACAUCUCAGUUGGGCAGUCAGUAGUAAUCAGAUGCGACGUCGAUGGAUGGAUAGGCAGAUUAAUAGUUUGUGAAGCGGUUCAGUGUGUUACACCAGCAGGAAUUGUAAACGGCACAUUUAGUUCAGAAAAUGAGUUCUAUAGUUACAGAGACGUUGUGCGGUACUCCUGCAACAAAGACGUGACACUUAAUGGAUCAGGAGAAUUAACUUGCUCUGAAGAUGGGACAUUCCACCCUGCCCCUCCAACCUGUGUCUGGGUUGAAUGUAAAGAUCCUGUGAUUGAAAAUGCUGAAUUUGUUGAAGGCUCCCGGCCUCCACACAGAUACGGGGCUUCAGUGAAAUAUUCCUGUAAACCUGGAUAUGUGAUUGAAGGAACCUCUACUCUGAUGUGCUUGUUAAACAGUCAGUGGUCAUCGCCCUUACCAAAAUGCACAAAAGACCCUGAGCCAACUAUGCCUACUACUACUCCUCCUACUACUACUACUCCUCCU